CUCUUUCUUUUCUUCACCGACUGGAUUACCAGAAAGAAGGUAUGUGCUAUUGUGUUAUGAUACAGAUGAUCUAUGAAAGAGGAUAGAAGACGUUUAGAGCUCCUAUUAUCUUUCAUUUGAUGUCUUUUGAGCAGAUCUAACAGUUGUUGUAGCAUUGUCAUAGUACACUUGCCGACUAGUCGUCUGUCAGUCAUCAUGCAGAUUUUCGUCAAAACCCUCACGGGCAAGACUAUCACCCUCGAGGUGGAGUCGUCCGAUACCAUCGAUAACGUCAAGUCCAAGAUCCAGGACAAGGAAGGAAUUCCCCCCGACCAGCAGCGUCUUAUCUUCGCCGGUAAGCAGCUCGAGGACGGCCGCACUCUCUCUGACUACAACAUUCAGAAGGAGUCGACCCUCCACUUGGUCCUCCGCCUUCGUGGUGGUGCCAAGAAGCGCAAGAAAAAAGUGUACACCACUCCCAAGAAGAUCAAGCACAAGCACAAGAAGACCAAACUUGCGGUUCUCAAGUACUACAAGGUCAACUCUGACGGCACUGUCGAGCGCACCCGUCGUGAGUGCCCUACUGAGACCUGCGGUGCCGGUGUCUUCAUGGCUAAGAUGAAGGGCCGCCACUACUGCGGAAAGUGCCACCUCACCUACGUCCAGUCUGCUUAGAUGCUUAUCUGCUUGCCUUGCGUGGAUUGAUGUAUUCAGUUGUGGACAGUUGAUUUUUAUGUCUUGUAUAUUUAAGGUUAAUUGCACAUAGCUACGGUUAUAUCUCUCCUAUAU